AUGGAUAAGCAAAUAUCACAAAGAAAAGAAACAUCAGUCAAACUUCCGAAGGUAGACAUAGCAUCGUUCAAUGGAAAUCGCUUACUUUGGAUUGAGUUCUGGAACUCCUUUGAAAGUGCCGUUCAUAAGAAUGAAAGGUUAUCUCCAAUAGAUAAGUUCAAUUACCUGAAGGGAAUGAUUACUGGCGAAGCGAGAAGUGCGAUUGCGGGAUUGACUCUUUCAAACGAAAAUUAUCAGGUUGCCAUUAAAAUACUUAGAGAGCGAUUUGGAGACAAACAAGAAAUAAUUGAUCUCCACUAUAAACAGCUUCUAAAUUUAAUACCAGCUAGACAUAAUACAGAGAGUUUAAGAUAUUUCAUGGACAGAAUUGAAAAGCAUCUCCGCAGCCUAGAAGUAUUGGGUGAAAAUCUAGAACAACAUAUAUUUGUAUCUAUGAUUCGCAGCAAAUUACCAAGUGAUGUGUUACUUCAAUUAGAGAUUAUGAAACACGCUGAUGAAAAGUGGACAAUAUUGAAAUUACGUGAUCUGUUGAGACAAUAUAUUGUAUCUAAAGAAAAGGCGGAUAAGACAAGGCUCCCAGAAAAUCAAACACAGCGUGGUGACAAAAUUGAAAAACCUCAACAUUAUCGAAUGACAGGUGGUGGUCCUUAUGACAGGAAUCGUGAAAGACAUUAUGUACCAAAAUACGCUACUGGAUCUCUUAUUGCCGGAGAAAAGAAAAGUAUAACAAGGCAAUUUCAAAGAAAAUGUAGAUAUUGUGAAGGUGCUCAUUGGAGCGAUGAAUGCACUAUUUAUAAAAGUAUUGACGAUAGAAAAAGAAGAUUGAAAAGUGGUUGUUUUAAGUGUCUGAAAGACAGUCACAAAACAAAUGAAUGCAAAAGUUCAAAGUUAUGUGUGUAUUGCGGCAAAGUGAACGUACAUCACCGAAGCUUAUGUGAUAAAAAGUUUUCAAAACACUUCCAAAAAGAAAGUGUUCAUUUGUCAGAAGAAAUAUUAAAGGAAGAAAAUCCAAGUGAAGAAGCUGGACUAUUAUCCUUAAACGAAACUGUGCUUAUGCAAACGGUGCUGACUGACGUUCGUGGUGCAAAAAGUCUGAAGAGCGAAAAGGUACGUCUCAUCCUUGAUUCAGGUUCACAUAGGUCAUAUAUUGCCAAAUCGCUUGCAGACCGUCUAAAGCUAAAAGGAGAAAAGGACCAAGAAAUAAACAUUGUAACAUUUGGCAGUGAACGAUCGAGAGUGAUCAAGACAAAAACAACAAAAUUAAAUCUGAAAAUGAAAAAUGGAGAUUAUUUGACCAUCGAAGCAAAUAUUGUGCCAAGUAUUAGUGGAAUGAUGCAGCGUACUAAAGUUAAAGAUAGCCAGAAACAAAAAUUACUUGAAUUCACAAAAGAUUUGACCCUAGCUGAUAGCAUACCAACAGAAACAAAAUCAGAUGUUUUAGAACUAUUACUUGGUAAUGACUAUUAUUUGGAUGUGAUAGAGUCAGAAAAAAUAAAAGUGAGUCCUGGAUUGUACCUCCUAUCUUCAAAAUUUGGAUGGAUUAUUUCUGGACGAACAGAGCUUGAUGAGACGAUUCAGGAUACAUAUGAUGCCAGCAUGUUGAUAAUGACACAUGGCAGAAAUGUGAUAGAAAAUAAAGUGUUUCAAGAAGUUGAUCCUCCCCUUCAAAUGCAACCAAAUAUAGAAAAUUUCUGGAAUUUAGAAGGAAUUGGGAUAACAGAUAAUAUUACUAAAACUGAUGAUGAAAAGGCAAUGCAAACUUUUAAAAACACACUUAAAAGAGAAAAUGGAAGGUACCAGGUCACGUGGCCUUGGAAAGAAGAUAUUUCAGAAUCAGAUCUACCAGAAAAUAGAGGAUUAGCUGUUGGAAGACUUAAAUCACUUGUAAAAAGGAUUCAGAAAAUGCCAAAUUUGAUGGAAAGAUACGAUGAAGUGAUUGAAGAUCAAUUACAAAAGGGUGUUAUUGAAAAGGUUGAAAGAGAUAUAUGUGAUGGAAUAAAGCAUUAUAUUCCCCAUCACGUUGUGAUCAAACCGGAUAAAGCAACGACAAAACUUAGAAUCGUUUAUGAUGCGUCGGCAAAAGUGAAUAAAGAAUAUCGCAGCUUGAAUGAAUGUUUAUAUAGAGGUCCUGUGUUACUUAGAGAUCUUUGCGGUAUGAUCCUUCGAUUCAGAAUGCCAAAAAUAGCUGUUAUUUCUGACAUAGAAAAGGCUUUUCUCCAAGUUGCCUUACAACCAUCGGAAAGAGAUGUAACAAGGUUUUUGUGGUUCAAAAACUAUAAAAAUCCUAUUGUUGAUGACAAUCAUAUACAAGAGUACAGAUUCAGCAGAGUUCCAUUUGGUGUAAUAUCAAGCCCAUUUCUACUUGGAGCAACCAUUGAGAGUCAUCUAGAUAAAUAUAAAACUCCGUUAUCAGAACAGCUUAAAGAAAAUAUUUAUAUGGAUAAUAUCAUAUCAGGUGCAGACACAGUACAAGACGGCAUUGCUUUAUACAAUGAAGCAAAGAUGAUAUUUAGUGAUGCAAAAAUGAAUUUGAGAGAAUGGAUUACUAACAGUGACGAAGUUAAUCGUUCAAUACCUGAGAUAGAUCAAGCAACAGAUAAAAAGGUCAAAGUUUUGGGAUAUGUAUGGAAUACAAAAACUGAUACUAUAGCUGUUCAAGGAUCGAAGACUCUGCGUGAAGAGCUAUCACUAUCAAAAAGGGAUGUGUUGAAACAAGUAGCAUCGGUAUUUGACCCAUUAGGAUUAUUUGCUCCUAUUACAAUGAGAGGAAAGGUUUUACUCCAAAAGGUGUGGAGCAAACACCUGGACUGGGAUGAUAUACUUGACAAAGAAGAUGUGACUGAGUGGCUUGAAAUAAAAAGUGAUCUUUUGAAGAUAGAAAAUGUGAAAAUAAACAGACAUGUUGGAAAUUCAAACGGAAAAGUUGGUGCUAAAAACAUGCUUAUAUGCUUUUGUGAUGCUUCUAUCAAAGCAUAUGCUACAACAAUCUAUCUUCGACAGGAGUCAAACAAAUCAACUAAAGUAGAUCUUAUAUUCAGCAAAAAUAGACUAGCUCCGUUGAAAGGAAUGUCAAUACCUAGACUUGAACUCUUAGCAGUUCUUAUUGGAGUCAGAUGUGUAAAAUUUGUAGCAGCCCAAUUGAAAGUGUUGCUUAAUUCAAUGGUGAUAAUGACAGAUUCGCAGUGUGUAUUGCAAUGGAUUAAAUCUGAAAAGAAGCUUCCAACAUUCAUUAAAAACAGAGUGAAUGAAAUUAGAGAGCAUGAUGACAUAGAAUUCCAUUACGUCAACACGAAUCAUAACCCUGCAGAUAUUGCCAGUAGAGGAUGCACACUAUCGAAACUAGAAGAGAGUAUAUGGUGGAACGGUCCAAAAUGGUUGCAGAAUCCAAUUGAAAGUUGGACCUAUAUGAAUAUUCAGUCAAUGGAUGAUUCAACAUAUCUUCACUGCACAAAUUUAGACAAAAAUGAGCUAACAAAUGAUACCACUGAGCAUGAAGUGAAUAAAUGUGAAAAUGUUGAAUUAUGUUCAUCAGAAUUAAAACAAGAAAGUGUUUUAACCAAACAAAAGAUGUACAUCAAUUCUCCGUUCAAUAUUGACGAAGACAAAUAUUCUUCAGUUACCAAGUUAAUACGAGUAACAGCGUGGUGCAAACGUUUUAUAAGGAAUAUUCGUCGAAAAAAAUGCACAACUGGAUAUCUUUCUUGCAGCGAAUUAGAAGAAGCAGAGGAUUUGUGGGUAAAAUAUCUUCAAUUGAAACACUAUUCUGAGGAACUGGAGUUAAUCAAAGUUAAAAAGACAAAUAAUCUAAUUAGACAGCUCGACCUAUUCAUCGAUAGUAAUGGUGUAUUAAGAUGCGGUGGUCGUUUGCUACAUUCAAGUUUUAAUGAAGCAGCAAGAUUUCCAAUUUUGCUGCCUUCCGGAGAAAGAGUGACGUGUCUUAUUAUUGAAAGAACACACUGUAGAAUAUUGCACAGUGGAGUUUCGCAAACACUUAGUGAAGUUAGGCAAAGAUAUUGGAUACCACAUGGCAGAGCUUCAGUUGGAAAAGUAUUAAAGAAAUGCAGAAUAUGUCGCAGAUUUGAAGGAGGCCCAUACAAGCUUCCACCAAUGGCUCCGUUGCCUAAGUCACGCGUAUCACAGGCUACGCCAUUUACAAGAGUUGGUCUUGACUAUCUCGGACCAUUAUAUAUAAAAGAAGAUAAAGAGAAAGAAAAGGUAUGGGUGUGUCUAUUUACAUGUCUUGUAACUCGUGCUGUACACCUCGAAGUUGUACGAGAUAUGACAGCCAAUAGUUUUUUGAUGUGCUUAAGAAGAUUUAUAGCUACAAGAGGAACGCCUGUGGAACUUAUAAGUGAUAACGCAAAACAAUUCAAACUUUCGAGUGAUAUUAUCAAGCAAGUAUGGAAAACAGCAGUGGAAGACGAAGACGUUCAAAAUUAUACAUCAAAUAUCGGCAUCAAAUGGACAUUCAUCGUGGAGUUGGCCCCUUGGAUGGGCGGCUUUUAUGAACGCCUUAUCGGCAUUGUAAAACGUGCUUUAAGAAAAACAAUUGGCAGAAAACUCCUAUCGCUAGAACAGAUGACGACAAUACUAAAAGAAGGUGAAGCUGUUGUGAAUUCGCGACCUUUAGUUUAUAUUGGAAGUGAUUUAAAGUCUUCGAUUGCAUUGACUCCAAAGCAUUUCAUUUGCUUGAAUCCUUUUACUGGAAUACCAUGUACGGAAUGUGAUGUUAAUGAUCCCGAUUAUGUACCUUAUGAAAGCAAUGCUGAAAAACUUUUAAACAUUUGGAAAAAAGGUCAAAAACUCUUGGACACAUUUUGGCACAUAUGGCGCAACGAAUAUCUAUUAAGUCUUCGCGAGAGAAUGCAAAGCAAAUUAAAAUCGCCGCGAAUCGAAUCGCAUUUUUGUCCUAGUGUUAGUGAUAUAGUGCUUAUAAAGGAUGAUGUUUCCCGCGGACAAUGGAAAUUUGGAAAAGUAACAACUUUGAAUAGUAGUCGAGAUGGAAAUAUACGUUCAGCCGAUUUACUGACAUCAUCCAGAAAAGUGAUAAAACGACCUUUAAAUCUCUUAUAUCCAAUUGAAGUAGUUGAUAAAUAA